CCCCGUGCAGAUCGAUGUCGACAGAAUACGCCAACACAGCACCAAUCCAAUCGACCGACAGUCAGGCCGCCUUCUCUCUCUCUCUCGCAGAAAUGGCUCAUUCCUUCCGCCAUUACCGACCAGCCCGCCGAUUCAUUCAUUCAUUCACUCGGUCAAAACGACCGAUGCUCAAUCGGCCACCGAAUGCUCUCGACAUGGUAGCCAUACGCCUCCACCACACGUGCCAACUCCGCAUACGUUGGCGGUCGAGCCGCAGUAAAGCUCCAGCUGUCGCCCAAGAGGUUCUCACCGCUGUCUAUUCCUCCCUCCAGGUGUGAGUCGGGCCGGAGUUGCCAGUGGGAGGGGAAGGCGCGAUGAAGGGAGCAAAUGUGCCUCUGGCCCGUGUGGACGCACCGCAGGGUGGCGUAUGAAGGCAGGGACACAAACGCUGGCGUGAAGUCGCUCAUCGCGUACGGCUUGCGAACCCCGCCUCCCUUGCUGCCGACACAACCGUCUGCAAACAUACCACCAAGACACAGCGGGUGGGGGCAUGCAAGCCGAAGGCUCACCUAUGUGUGGAUGAGCUCAGCUCACUGACCGUCGUUAGCCGGGUGUGUGGGCACGAGGAAGCGCUCGUUGAUGACGAUGAGAGGCGUGCUGCUCCUCGAACAUUCGAAGGCGAGCAUCCCUGCAAACAAAGCAAGCCAAGUCAGCACACCAAUCAUCACACAAAAGGAGGAGCCAACUCACACAACACACAUCCCGCCAUCCUAUCCCCUUUUCCCAAUUCACCGAAGUGCUGCUGCGCCUCGCAAAAGGCGCCAAUCGACAUCCGUGGCUCUGUGAGAAUGCCCUUGUCCUCGUUCUUCAGAUUGACGGCGAUCACCAGAUCAUCAUCGGAGGAGAGAUAGCGUCGCGGUUGGACCAGCGUCCUCUCGAUGGCAGAAUCAACAGUCUGCCGCACCCUUCCAGCCCACUUGGAGCGUGAUUUGGCCACAGAGGAGAGGAUGGAAGCACCAGCACCCUGCCGCCUGGCUCUCUUUGCCGCUGCGAUGGUGUCGGUAACAGUUGAAUGGAAUAGGUCGAACCUGACCUUUGGAAGCUCCGGUUGCUGUGUCUUGCUCCGGACUCGCGAAGACCCGUUUGCAGCAGGGGCGUCCUGCAGCUUCAUGUGGGAGGUGACGAAGAGCGUGGUGAGAAACAGCUGGGUGAGGUCUUGGCUGAAGAUGCGGAUGCGGCGCCUCCCCUCCGAUGCGAACGCGUGUAUGAUGGCGCACACAAUCAGCAGGAUCAGUCGCUGCUCAUGGCUCACGUACUCGUCAAGAAAGACCUGCGCCCGGUUUCUGGUUGUCAUCAGAUUAGGCAGCAUCGGCGCCUCGGCCACCUCAGCAUGGACCUAACAGCCAGCACACACAGGACAGGAAGAGAAUCAAUCAAUGGCGCGAACCACGUCGCCAAUGGCUCCUUCCUUCAUCGAUGACCGACCUGGAUGCGGCUGGCCCCGUGGACGAAUGCAUUCCUGCAGGCUUCGGAAGCGCGCGUGUGUGGGCCGACAGCCUCCCAUAUCUCACUCUUCUUGCUCGAUGUGCCCAUGCAGAUCUGCCGCAUUCUUCCAAGAGGUGGGGAUCCCAGCGGUGGAGAUCUGCCUUUCACAUGUGCACUGCCGCUGGUGUGCCAGCCUUCCACACUGCCGCAAAGCAAAG